UGCCGGUACAUACUUAAGAUCACCUUGAAACAGUUGGACGUCAUUUAGCCGUGGACAGCCGGUUAAGUCAGGACAUCACCAGGCAACUCUGCUCUCACCAUGCCACACUCUAAGGGUCAGGAUUUGGGCACUGCGUUCAUCCAGACGCAGCAACUUAAUGCUGCGAUGGCUGAUACAUUCCUGGAGCACAUGUGCCUACUCGACAUCGACUCUGAGCCAACAACUGCCCGCAACACCGGCAUUAUCUGCACCAUCGGGCCAGCCUCCCGCUCUGUGGAAAUGCUGCAGGAGAUGAUCAAGUCUGGAAUGAACAUUGCUCGCUUGAACUUCUCUCACGGUUCACAUGAGUACCAUGGUGACACAAUAAAGAACAUUCGUGAGGCAUGUGAGAGCUUUGAGCCUGGCAGCAUUCAUUAUCGCCCCAUUGCCAUCGCUCUGGAUACCAAGGGCCCGGAGAUCAGAACUGGGCUCAUCAAAGGGAGUGGCACGGCUGAGGUGGAGCUGAAGAAGGGCAACAAUAUCAAGAUAACUUUGGAUGAUGCAUACAUGGAAAACUGUGACGAGAACAUCCUUUGGCUGGACUACAAGAACAUUGUGAAUGUGGUUCAGGUUGGCAGUAAUGUCUACAUCGACGAUGGGCUUAUCUCUCUGCAAGUCCUAGAAAUCGGCUCUGACUACCUGAUGUGUGACAUUGAAAACGGAGGCAUGCUGGGAAGCAAAAAAGGUGUGAAUUUGCCUGGUGCAGCUGUAGAUCUGCCUGCUGUGUCUGAUAAGGACGUCAAGGACUUACAGUUUGGCGUGGACAUGGGAGUGGACAUGGUCUUCGCUUCAUUUAUCCGUAAAGCCGCUGAUGUCCACGAGGUCAGAAAGGUGCUGGGAGAGAGGGGCAAGAACAUUAAGAUCAUCAGCAAGCUGGAGAACCAUGAGGGAGUCCGUAGGUUUGACGAGAUCAUGGAGGCCAGUGAUGGCAUUAUGGUUGCCCGUGGUGACCUUGGUAUUGAAAUCCCCACAGAGAAGGUCUUCCUUGCCCAGAAGAUGAUGAUUGGACGCUGCAAUAGAGCUGGCAAACCAAUAACCUGUGCUACACAGAUGUUGGAGAGCAUGAUUAAAAAACCACGACCCACGCGUGCAGAGGGCAGCGAUGUGGCUAACGCUGUUCUGGAUGGGGCUGACUGCAUUAUGCUGAGUGGAGAGACUGCCAAGGGAGACUACCCCCUAGAAGCAGUGCGCACACAGCACAUGAUUGCCAGAGAGGCAGAAGCAGCCAUGUUUCAUCGACAACUGUUUGAGGAGCUGAGGCGCUCCACCAAACUAAGCCAAGACCCCUCCGAGGCUGUGGCCAUCGGUUCUGUUGAGGCAUCCUUCAAAUGCUGUGCCAGUGCUAUUAUAAUUCUCACCAAGACUGGCAGGUCUGCCCAUCUGCUGUCCCGGUACCGUCCCCGCGCCCCCAUCAUUGCGGUGACACGUAACGGGCAGACAGCUCGCCAGGCCCACCUGUACCGUGGCAUCUUUCCUGUGUUCUGCAACCACCCAGCUCAUGAUGUCUGGGCUGAGGACGUCGACCUACGAGUUAACUUUGCUAUGGACGUUGGCAAGGCUCGCGGCUUCUUCAAGAGUGGUGACGUGGUCAUUGUGCUUACAGGCUGGCGCCCAGGCUCAGGUUACACCAACACCAUGCGUGUGGUCCCAGUGUCAUAAAUAUCACAGGCGUGCCCACACACUCCUUCCCAUUCCCUUCAUCCUCUCAUUUUUGUUCUUCUCCUGCUACUUCAACAUGUAAGCACUUCUCUCAAACGGGCACCUUAACAUCAGCUUGGACACCCAGGUCUGGCAAAAGGAUCCAGUUUUUCUCCUAACAUAAAUUCUCACCCAAAUACACUGUCAAAUAUUCUCACUUAUUAUUUAACAGUUAGUCUUUGUUCACAUCUGGCUAUGUACUAUUUAGCAUUGUGCAUGGGUUGUCCAUCAUAUAGGCCGUAGGAGAGAUUAAAUGUCCUACAAUAACAUUCGUAAAUUAUUCCUGUUCACACAGAAGAAACGGUGACACUCAAACAAAAAUCAUCAUGACUGAAUGCAGAGGGAACCAAUUGUGACUAGUUUUGUUUGUGUGCUUAAAAAAUGUGUGUUCUUCACGGCAUUCCUCAUAUACUGUAGGCAAUGUUACAUUCUGUAUUGUACUUGACUGAGUUUGUAAAAUGUUUAGAUGUUUGAAAACCACAAUAUAUAUUUUUCCUGGUCUGUGAGACAUAUUGUUUGUUUCUCUUAGUGUUAUUCUGCUUAACAUCUGGUGCUUAAAAAGAAGCAAGAAAGUGGUUUUACAAUGACUGGUAUAGAUGGUCAUUAAUGUUCUGUAAGAGAAGAACUAGCGCUCGUUUGUUGAACUCAAAGCUCAAUCAGUAUGUACGUUAAGUGUCUGCAGCUUGCUUCCACAUGCUUCUGAUUGUAACGAUAGGAUUUAACAGUAUAUUAUGAAGUGUGGAUCAAAAAUGUAACUAAGACUGGUUCAGUUAAUAAAGAAGCGCACCUGUCAUGA